AUGGACACAGACAAUAUUCAUAUACCCGACACCUACGCGAGUGUAACACCGCCUCCUGGGCCUCGCCAGGACUUCGGAUUUCCGGGAUCACCACCUCAGCCCGUGGCCGGAGCGAAAAGGGAACGCAGCAUAGAGCAUGACCCGGAAGAAGGCGCGGAGACAUUCUCAACAGUACGACGGCUGGAAGAUGGCGAUGUUAAACUGGCUUACACAGGACAACUCGCCGAUCGGGUGCGACAGGCUUACGCCAGUCUAGAAAGGGCCAAAUCCCGCCAGACCACCGUCAAUGAUUUGCUCAGAGAGGCUCGAAAAGAUUUGAGCUCCACUCAGAAACGCUUGCAGACGCGUGAAACGUUCCCCUCUGCCCAGUCCGCCUUAUUUACAAGUCAGACUGCGUUUGUCAACAGUCUUCUUGCGACGAAGCAUAGUCUUGAAAACUCUAUCGAUACCUUAGAAGACGAGAUUCUGACCUCAGAGCUCGAGAACGGGUGUGAAGACUGUCUUCGCCUGCAAGACGAACUAGACAAUCUUCUACUUGCUCAGAAGGAUGGUCGCUUUCGAUUUUCCCUUGAAAGUAUAGCUCUGUCGAAAGAGGUCGAGGAGUUGAGCUCUGCGAAGCCGGCCGACGAGACUCUCCUUCAAAUGAGAGCUCAGUUAGAGAACCUUCAAGCGAAUGUCAACACCGAAGAAGCAAAACUUCAUGCUCAAAAGACCAACAUAGAGGAGUUGAAAGUCAUGCACGACAAGAUAGCGCGUGAGGACAAUGAGUUGAAGGCGGAGAAGGUUCGGCUGGAUGAAGAAGUAACACAUUUGAAACACGCCACCAACUUAAUGAGCACUUCAAAGGAUCUCCGACAAGAGACAGAGGCACGGUUGAGCAAUGCUCGCCGUCAGGGGGAAGAGCGAAGAAAAGAGACUGAGAUGGCGCAGUCUGAGAAGGCUGCUUUAGUGAACGGUCCUUUGCGGAUAGAGGCCGCUGCUGCUAAGCAAGCUCGAGAAACUGCAGACAAUAUCGAGGCAGGGAUACAGAUGCUGGAGGCCGAACGGAAAGAGCUAUCCCAAGCGCGGUUGAAAUUACAGGAAAAGAUAAACCAAGCGAGGGAGACCCAAGAACGAGUCGAUGAGAAAGCGAGAGGAGAUAUUGCCUCGCUUCAAGCCCGCCUGCACGCUGUCAAGCAGAUGUGCGCUUCGAAGCGAGAGCAGAUGAAGGAAGCUGCAGAUACCGUGCAUGCGCUUGAGACGAAGACGAAGCAAUAUAUGGAAGAGAUAGGCACGACAGAAUCCCAGAUCAAGGACGUCACAGCGAGCACGGCAACACUUCGCAGAGAUUUGGCAUCGCUUGAAGCCCGCCGAGAUCAAGAGCUCGGCGAAGCUAGGAAGAUCGUUCAGGAGCUGAAAGAGGACGUUCGUUCUUCUGAAGAGGGUUUAAACACCAUCUAUCUUGACUCCUCGCAGCUUUCGGAUGUGAUCUACGCAUUGCAAUCGAAGCUGGACAGCCUGAAGGAUGAAGUUAACCGGGCUGGACCCUCAUCGCUUCCUGGAGAAGUAGACGCCGUACGCAACGAAGUCUCUGCUCUCGAAAACGAGUACCGGGAGAAUCAGCUCGAGCUUCUCUUCCAAGAGGCCGCUCGAUCAACCCUGGAGUCCGAUAUCGACAAGGUGAAGAGCAAGUUGUCCAAGCGUACAUCGGAGAUGGAUGUUGAUCCACAGGACGCUUCUGACGUUCCUUUGAGCGGAGCAAAUCCAUCGACGUCACACUCACGAACAAGAAGCAACGAGCCAACCACUCCUACGCGGCCGAGGGAUAGACGUGUGGAACAGAACAGAACGCCAAUAAAAGCGUCUAAUAUCGUUUUGGAAAGUCCUGUGAGGCGGCAGUCUGAUUGGGCAAAGAUAGCAAAGGCAGCAAUGUCCCCCCUACCGACUCGGGGAAGCAGGAAUCGUCGGCGUAGAGACGAAGACAGCGAUGAGGAUGAAGACCACAGCCGCAGCCGCAGGAAGCGAACUAGUCAAGGGCGUCCGAUGAGAGCGACAGGGAGUCGGAAGGCUACGGUCCAUGUUGAAACAGACGAGGACGAGGACGAGGACGAUGAGGAACAGAAUAGAAAUAUGGAUGUGGAUGUGGAGGACGAGGAGGAGGACGAGGAGGACGAGGACGAGGAGGAGGAGGAUGAGGAUGAUGGGCUGGAAGAUGGAGACGAUGAGGAUGAAGAAGAAGACGACGUUGGACGUACUCAGCGCAAAGCUCACCUGGCCACAGUUCGCGCGAUCGUUUGCAAAUACACGGGCAUCAAGAAGGAGCGAUUCGUACCCGACAUGAACUGGAUCGACCCCAUGUCUGUGCAAGCGUUCAAAGACGGAAAGCAUCAAGGACCUGUGCUCAAGAAGAACGGCCUCCUUCUCGACCUCCCUGGAGGCCUCACUUCCCCUUGGAACAAGGCGGCAAUCACGCUGCUCGCUCACCAAGCACGUUUGGCCUCGUACAAGCCUAAUCGAAGGGAGCCGGAGAAGGGCCAAGGCUACUUUGAAAAAACCGUGAGGGAGCGCCUGCGCCAUUUCUUCGACGCCUGGAAGUUCUACAGGCCUCAACUGAAACCGAACAGCGUGGAGUACGAGACCGAGAAGGAGGCGCAGGCUCGUUGGACGACAAAGUACAAGUGCAAGAAGGAUUUCGCUCGAAAGAAUGGCCGGAAGAACAGGAAAUUUGAACACAGGUUGGCGGCGAUCAUGGCUAUGCUCACACAGCACCGAGAGAACGGUGAUAACCAGGCCUUGGAGUUGUGGGAGAAACUCGGAUCGCUCAUCAUGAAGCUCACUAAGGACGGCAUGAGCUCGGACGAAAGCAGCUCUGAGAACGGCAUUUUCGUGUACCGCGUUCGUCUCGUGGCAUGGAGGAGGGAGAUGAACAAGGAGCUGAUGCUCGUGGACAAAGUCUACACAGACCACCCGGAGCUGUUCCAGGGCGCGGGUGCGAGACCGGUUCCACGGUUGCGAAGCAGCACAACUGUCUCUUUCAGCGCUCCGGUGCCUCGUUUGCCGAAGACGCUGUAUGACAAGAGGUGGAUGAAGGGACUGUCAGAAUACAAGCUGAUGGAGCUGGGCCCGACAGAGGAGAAGUUCAAGCUUCCGAUCGUGCGCGAAAAUUUCAGUUCUCGAAAGCUCAGUCAGAAGCCCAACCCGCGAAGCAGCUUCCGGGUUGCGACUUUUGGACUUGAACAUGGUCUCCGCGGUUCAUCGCGGCAUGUUCGAUUGACCACCCUCGACAUCGAAGAUUUGAGCAUCAGGAAGACUAGUCUUCCCGGACGACAUCUAUCAUUCUGUUCUCGGCGUCAUUCCGGAGCCGUCCUCUUCCUGGCCAGCUCUCUCCUCGACGACCCUGCUCUCUCCGCCCGUGGUACAUUCACCAUCUUGAAGGAUUCGGUUCUAGCCAGUGGCCCACCCCGAAAGUCCAAUCCGCGAAGCAGCUUCCGGAUUGUCGACUGGGGGCCCUGGGCCUCGCUCGAUGAUCUCACCGUGUCCGAAGCACCGUCUUGCGUCAUCGCCCACGCAAAGGCUUGA